GUGCAAUCGGGUGUAACGAAAUUGAAGGGUUUAUAUACUAGGUAUCUGUGUGACGGUGCCUAUUUAUGAGCGGUGUACAGCUUUAAACGAGCUCUAGAUUUUCGAAGAACGUUUUUGCAUCCUUAUGUUACGAAAGAUACAACUUUUGUCUGCAAGGAUGAUGCUCCGUUUUGAUAUUUGAUGACAACUAAAACGCUGAGAUAAAUCACAGGGACAAACGAUGAAAGUCCGUUACCUAUUAGCGUGUCUAUUUGUGGUGAAACAUGUGAUUCCACAGAAUGCUCAGGAGAUCAACGGGGACAUUCUUGCCAAAGAGUUAAAUAAAGUGGCGGAUUCUGUCGGAUGGUCAUUUCUACAGAAUGAGUACAACAAGUUGCGGUACCUGGAGACGAGGCCUGAUGGGGAAAAGCUAGUUAAAGAGAUUGCUACAAAAAUUGGUGGACGAAUGAAAGAAGUGGACAUUGCUUUAAAAAGGCUAAAGGAAGCUGUAGUGGAAGAUCAGCUGUCGUUUGCCAAUGUCCCUCAGGACUGCUGUGUAGAUGGAGAGUACCAGGAAAACGUCCGCUUCAGAACUCAUGUGUCUGAAGAGACAUUUUGCUACAUUAGGCCUAGCUACUUGAGCGCAGAUGACAUCAAAUUCCCAACCACUAAAGUAAUGGAUGCAAUGAAAGCUAACUUGAAUGUGAAACAUAUACAGUUCCAGUACAUUGGACUUAAGACCGGUCUAUUCAUUAACUACCCUUCCACCAGACUGAGAGACUGUGACUCAUACGAUCCUCGGUUUAGGCCCUACUUUGUGUCAAGCACAGCGACAAUCCCACGAGAUGUCGUUGUGGUUCUGGAAACUUCUGCCUCAAUGAGGGGAGAUAAACUCUUUGAGGCUAAACAUGCUGCCCUAACAGUUAUGGAAACGUUGAGUGUAAAAGAUAGGUUUGGUCUGGUUGUUUUUAAUGACGAAGCGAGUACUUUAGGAGGAUGCUAUGAUAAUCAAGUUGUCCCCGUGACUAGUACAACCAAGAAGAGUUUCAGAGACUUCCUCAACUCCCAACAAGCUCAAGAGGGAGCCGACUAUGAUGUCGCCCUCCGUAAAGCCUUCGCCUUACUUAAGGGAAGUUCUAGUGUAGAGGCAAGGGACCGAGAUCAGAUCAUUCUGUUUGUGAGCGAUGGGACAUAUAACGAUGACAUUGGAGGAAACCCCCUAGAAGUAAUACGAGAUGAAAACGAGGCGCUACAAAACAAUGUCGUAAUCAACACGUACGGUAUAGGAAUAAAUAGCAUCGAGAAACAACUGUUACGAAACAUGGCAUACCAGACAUUGAACAACAUUUCAUACGGACAUGUUAAGCGAGGACAAUAUGAGUUCAUUACAGACCUUAAGACCUCCUCCCUGCGAAAGGUCAUGGGAACCUACUACAAAUACGAUAGUGUACCCAUAUCACCGUCCCCGACCUACACACAACCUUACAAAGACUUUUUCACCAAUGAAUCAGUCAUCACGGGCUGUCUGCCGUUUGCUUUAAAUGGAGCAUUUAGUGGGGUUGUGUGCGCGGAUAUUUUGAUAAGCAAAUUAGUGGCUGAGAUUUUGUAUCUCAAUCACGGUGAGUUUACUUAUGCAUUCAUCAUUGAUGGCGAGGAACGGACAUUGGUUCAUCCACUACUUCCGGAUCCUCGGGACGUCAUAGCACAAGAACAGGACAUAAAUAACAUCUACAAUUUUGAGACUUCCGGUGAUGUGUCCGAGGUCAUUGAUUCCAUGAAAAAGGGGUCAAACGGACAAAAACCUUUAGAUACAGUAGUCCUAGAAACUAGAGGGCAAAAAUAUAUAGACGGCGACUCCGAGCGUACCAUGAGAGCUGUUUUCUACUGGGCUCCGAUAGUUGCACCAGGAAGCAAUUUUUCACUUUGUAUUGUGAUGGAAAAAGACAACACCGUGAGUGAUAUAGAAAACUUAAAUCAUCCCAUCUCCGGGGACUUUGUUUACCACCGCUGGGAUUUGAACCGAUGGCCGGCUCCAUUCUGUAGGCAUUUUAGUAGAUAUGCCACACAAGCUAAAACCACAGUAAAGCUGACACCAGACGCUUUCAAGGAGGCAUCCAUUUACAUUGGAGUCAAUGAAACGGAAGUCAGGGUCAAGCUGUUUAAAGACUUCAUCUCUGGAAAUAUCACCGACAACCCAGGUUUAAAAACAUCAGCAAUCAAAUCGAUAAGAUUAACUCACCUCAUGGAAACAUUUUGGACGACGACGUCAAAGAAAGAGGCCCCGUACUUAGUUUGGCGUUACGUCAUGACGGAAGACGGAGUACAAAGGAUAUACCCAGGGGUACGACUGACGGAUGACUAUGAUCACAAGCUAACGCCAUGGUAUCAUAGAACCAUUGCGCAUAAGACAAUUAAUGUCGUGUCGGCCCCCUAUGAAGAUACCUGGGGAUCUGGAAAAAUCAUCUCUCUUACAAGAUCAAUAUUAAAGGGUGGAACAAAUAAUAUAGGGAAAGUUGAAGCUGUAAUAGGUACCGACUUUUCCGUAUUUUACUUCAAUCAGAUGCUUGAAGACAUAUAUCCAAUAUGUGCCAACAGAUCCCGACAUACUUGUAUCCUGAUCGACAACAGUGGGUUCCUUGUGAUGCACCCUUAUUUCAUAGAAACAACAUCCCCGAUAGGGCAGAUCCACAUAACCUACAUGGAGGGAAGGAUUUCCCGUUCGCUGAUUAAUAAAGGUAUUAUGUACAGGCAACGGUGUAGAGACACGGGGAACAAAAAGGAACAUUUCACAUACAGGGUGAAGCUAGAGGGAUCUCAUCCGUGCGGGGUAGUCGACUCAGAAGAAGGGUACCAACUACUUCCGGUGUCUGGAUCUAACUUGUUUUUUAUACUCAAACAGAGACGUCUGAAUGAUGAAGACAAAUGUUGUACGUCAAAGUACUACAAUCCACCUAGUUCCAUACAGUGUGGCACUGGGUCAUGUACUUGCUUGUGCUAUCAAGAUCUGUCCUUCAACGAAUGCAGGAAUGAAUACAAAAACAUGGACGGCUUUGUACCGUGUAGUCCCCAGUUACCGACCUUGAGGUCAGUUAGUACACCGGAAGAGAAUAAAACUGGGAAUCUACCAACAUGCUUUCCUACCGACUGCGCAUGUCGAAAAACUGAAAAAGAGUGCUUCCGUGAAUCAGGUUGUUCCUGGUGUAAGAGAGAUAUAAACGGGAAACUGGUCAACGGAUUCUGUGACUUGAAGGAAAUAUGUCCUUCCCAACAGUGCCUAAAACAGGAUUGCCGUCAAAAAUUGUCUGGACCAGAGUGCAAGCCAUCAAUUGGGAACAUAGCACUAUAUAUCGGUGUAGCAGUGGGUGUCUGUUUGCUUAUCAUUUUGUUGAUCAUUGUAGCGGUAUUUGUCGUUCGAAAACAAAACGGUACCGGAAUAGACCAACAUAACAAUUACAUUCAACCAAUUAGUGAAUUUGAUAUAACCAACCUGUCAACGGUAGAGAAUGACUAUUGUCAUACGCCUCAGACAGAGGAACACUCUUACCAUUCCAUUCCUAAUAGUCAUUUUGAUAAUACACAGGAAAAAUGUUUAUAUUUCUAAAAUAUGUGUUAGUAUAAUAAGAAUACAUGUCCAAUUCAUUUCAAGCCACGCAUGUUUUGCAUACAGGUUUUAUUAUUAAAUGUCAUUACUUAUUUAUAAAUAUCAUACAUGUAGUGUAUACUACCCGUGUGAUAAACCUAAGCUUUAUAAAACGGGUGAUGCUUUAUCAAAUACUUUUCUACAGAACUACUGUUGACACAACCCUUCGCUUCAACGCUUGAGUGAUUUAUUUCUAAACACUUUCCUGUAUUUUUCUACAUCUACUAUUUCUACAAUCAAAAAUUGAUUCAAAAAGGAUUUUGUCGAAGAUUCAAAUUAUACAUACGUAGGAAAAACACAUAAAUUUGUAGUUAAUGAAACUGCAAAUCACGUUUGGUAUCAAGGAGUUCAAUCUGAUGAAGCGAUGAAAACAGAACGCUUUGGUUGUGUAUCUUUACAAGAACAUACCCAAAAAUGCCUCUCAAAACUUAUUUCACCACCAGUAAGCAUCCUCACUCAAUUUUGUCAACCUCUAACCAUUAGUGUUGGUUUUAUAGAACAUGAACAACUGUUCCUCGUUCGAGUCAAUUUAAACUAACGAGUAUUCGCAACUUUGUGUAUGUCAAUACACUUGGCUAUUCAAGUCUUAAGUAUUUCCAUAGAUCAAAUAAAGAAUUUGAGCUCUAAGAAAUAUAUUUAGAGCUAAUAAAGCAUACGCUAAUGAAGCAUUUGUUUAGUUGCCUAUGUGUCAUAGCUAUUUCAGAGUGUUUCGGCGGUAUUAAUAGCACAUGUCAUUUAAAAAUUGUAAUAAGAAUCGACUCGUCAGAAGUUCACCUUAUCCAUUAAUCUCUGAGAACUUCAUUUGAUUUUAAUUUGGAUCUAAUGAUUAGAUCACCUAUAUUUUUCUGUUUACUGCAUGCAACCAUAGGAGAUGUUGUGAAUAAUUUUUUUGUAUACAUCGUCAUGUUGUAUGUUAUCCCAGUAUUUCAAAAGUCGUUUCCUUAACCCUUCUAUACACGGGUUAGAUUUGGUUAGCAAACCGUUCGGUACAGCCUUUUUAUUGUUUUUCUUCUUUUGUUUGUUGAGAAGAUCCAUUCUAUUUGAAGAGAGUGUUUCUUGCAUAUAGGUUCAAUAUCUGAAUAUUUGUAACUUUUUGUCUCGAGAAGAAUUUUGAAAUCUUUGAAAAUAUUUAGUAAUACAGCUUGAUCACUAGUAUUUCUCAGAUGUCUGGUACAUUCUCCUUUAAUUAGGCCCUUGAAAACUGAUGAGCUAUGAGCACUUUGUCUGUGCAGGUAUUGGAAGCUGUUAGUGGGAUAGAUAUAUGAGCGAAUGUUUAAUCGCUGGCUAUCUGAGAAUAUUGUUUCUUUGUAUAUGGUCGUGUCUAAGAAAUUGACACUGGUGUGAAAUAAUUCAUAAAUAAGUC